UUUUUCACGAUGAAAACGUGCCAGAUUAUUAUUUUACUGUUUGUUUUAGUUGUGUUUUGGGCUCCGAAGAUUAGCGCCGUAAAAGAGUGCUACCUCUGUGAGAAUCCUUGUAAAAACCAAGACGAUAUGAAAGAACAGAAGUGCGAUGACGCCAAUUCCGACUGUGCAGUAUACGGCGAAAAGGGCAAGGAUGAAGUAUUCGCUGUUUGUUUAGGUGACGACUACAAGGAUUUUUGCGAAAGUAUAACAGACAAUUACGAAUCUAAGGACACGGCGUGCUACCAAUGCUCUGAUAAAGAUAAGUGCAACAGCUACAUGCCAGUGGACGAGAUAUUCAAAAAACAGAAGAAAAAGGACUAAAGAUAUAUUAACACAAGUUUUGUAUUUUUGUUUAUUGGGGAAUUGGAUGU